AUGCAUGGUCCGUUCUCUGGACAUGAAAUGCUACAGGAACUAGAUAAAAUAGCUCGGAUGUUUGAGGAGAAUAAUUAUGCUACUGCAACAAGCAAGUAUCAGUAUUGUCAGAGGAUCAUGAUGAUUCUAAAAAUGAGAUCGCAAAAGCUCAUGCCAGAUGCUAUGGAGUCAAACUCCGGUGCUAAUACUGUAAACCUCUCAUAUUCAGGUUCUCAGAUGAUGCAGCUUUUUUCACAUGUCUUGCAAAGCAUCGGUUCAACUGGAAUUCAAGCAACUGAUGACACCUCUUUGGAAUCUAGUGAUUGGAGGGAUCAGCUGCAAGCAGAUUCACGACAAUGGAUUGUGAAUACGAUACUGGAUACCUUGAAGAGGCAUCUUCCGUUCUAUGAACAUGAGAUGCUACAGGAAUUUGAGAAAAUAUCUGUGAGAUUUGAAGAGAAGAUUUAUAUUGUUGCAACAAGCCAGUCUGAUUAUAUACAGAAGAUCUUCUUCAAGAGGCCGACUAUGGAAACGAUAUCACAAUAUCCCAUGACAUAUGCUAUGCAGUCAAACUAUGGUGCUAAUAGUGUAAACCCCUCUAAUUCAGGUACUUCCGGAUAG